AAGGAGUCAUGGUGACGGGCUGGUAGGCAGCACGGAGGCAUGGAGGACGAGGAGGCGAUGAGGCUUAGACGCCAUCCAACAUAACAGCAGCCAGAGGGUAACCCGGUGUCUCGGUGCCACUUUGGCGGCGGUGAUGUUUACAGGAAGGCGGGAGGAGGAGGAGGAGGAGGAGUAGACGGAGAGGCAGACAGGUGCGCCUCCUCAGUCCCGAGCCUUCCUCUCCCCGGGCAGGUGCAGCAGCCAUGGAUCCCCGCAACAAGGACAAGAAGACGCGCAACCCCAUGAAAGCCAAGACGAGCAAGCGGAAGGAGAAGAAGCACCGGAGUGGCGUGUUCACCAGGCGGAAGUCUCUCCGCUCGCUCAGCCAUUUCAUGGGCAGGAUUCUGAAAACUUUGAGCACUUUAGCGCACUUCGGCGAGGGACGGCCACCGGAGCCUCAAGCGGGGGGAGAGGACGACGACGACGGCGGCUUCACGGACGACGCCCCGGUGGGAGUUGCGACGGUGAAGAAGAGCUCCACGGUGUCCUCCCACGGCUCGGUCAAGGAGCGGCUGUCGUGGUGCUCCGGGGACAAGACCCCCGGGGCUCUGGGGCUGAAGAACCACGGCAACACUUGCUUCAUGAACGCCGUGGUGCAGUGCCUCAGCAACACCGACCUGCUGGCCGAGUACCUCGGCCUGGAGCAGUACAAGCCGGACCCGUGCGACCGGAGGACGGCCGUCCAGGUGCGGGGAGACGACACCUCCCGGGGGGAAGUCACCGAGAAGCUGGCGUCGCUGGUUCGAGCCCUGUGGACGCUGGAAUACACGCCGCAGCUUUCCGUGGACUUCAAGAGCAUCGUGGCCAAAUAUGGGUCGCAGUUUCGGGGCAACUCUCAGCACGACGCCCUGGAAUUUCUCCUCUGGCUGUUGGACAGAGUUCAUGAAGAUGCCAAAAACCCAAACAACAACAACAGCAGUAGCAGCAGUAGCAACAAGACCAAAGCCAACGUCAAGGGACCCAGCUCACUGGAGGACCUGUCCAAUUCACGGCCGGCGAGCACACAGCAGCCUCGAGGCCGCAACAGUUUUGUCCAAGAACACUUCCAGGCUCAGUACAGGUCCUCUCUGACGUGUCCUCAUUGCCUUAAGCAGAGCAACACCUUCGACCCUUUUCUAUGUAUCUCCCUGCCCAUCCCUCUGCGACAAACCAGGCCCAUGUGUGUAACGUUGGUGUUCAGCACCAAGGGUCAAAGGUAUCUGCGGGUUGGCCUUGCUGUGCCUCUUUUUGGUUCCUUGUCCACCUUAAGGGCCAUGGUGGCUGAGGAGGGUGGCAUCACUCCAGAGCAGGUCAUCCUGGCCGAAUUGUAUUCCACAGGGUUUCAGCGUUCCUUCUCGGACGACGACGACCUGACAGCGAUCGCCGAGAGCGACGUCAUCUACGCCUUCCAAGCUUCGCCUCACUUUGCUCGUGGAGGCUCUCUGCCACGCUCAGGUAUCCAUGGGUAUCACCAUAGCCUCCCCAAUUCCCCCUAUAGCUCCACGGCUGGGUCUGGAGGUCAAAGGUUGCCAUCGUCCAGCACACUGUCCACUGAAUACCUAAGCCAGGGCGCCUCUUCGGCGAAGGUUCUGCUCCUCAUCUGCAACACAUCUGGAUCCGGCCAGCAGGCUGUCAGAUUUGGGCCGCCAUUCAUCAUGGUCGAAGACAGGAACAUCUCUUGGGAGCAUCUGCAGCAAAGUAUCCUGAGCAAGCUCUAUUAUCUGAUGCUGAACAGAGCCCAGGCUCAGAACACAAGAGCGCUGUUUAAAAUUCGAGUGGUGGGAGGAUCGGCUGCCUAUAGCUACCUGACACCCCAAGAUGGAAAGCCUCUGCACCACACUGCUGUUGACAGAGCCCUGAAAUUUUGCGGCCCCGGGGGACCUCCACAUGUGAAGGUUGUAAUUGAGUGGGAGCAGAAGCUUAAAGACUGUUUGUUUGGCAGUAUCCAGGAGGAAGUAGUACAAGAUGCAGAGAGUGUGAGGAACCAGCAGCAGCAGCACCUGCAGCAACAUAGCUGCACUCUGGACCAGUGUUUCCAGCUGUAUACCAAAGAAGAGCAGCUCGCCCCAGAUGACGCCUGGAAGUGUCCUCACUGCAAGCAGCUCCAGCAGGGAAUGGUGAAGAUGAGCCUCUGGACGCUUCCUGACAUACUCAUUCUGCACCUGAAGCGCUUCCGACAGGUGGGUGAGCGCAGGAACAAAUUAUCAACACUGGUGCAUUUUCCCCUGACUGGCUUGGACAUGGCCCCCCAUGUGGUGAAAAGGAGCCAGAGUAUGCGCAACCUGAACAGCGGGUCCUGGACAACAUCCUGGCCUAAAGCCUCAGGGAAAAACCACCCAUCUGCUGACAUGGCCCUCCCUUAUGACUACCUGUAUGACCUCUACGCUCUGUGCAAUCAUCACGGAGGACUGCAUGGAGGACACUACACUGCUUAUUGCCGGAACUCUGUAGAUGGCCUGUGGUACAGCUACGAUGACAGCAGUGUGGACCUGGUCCCAGAGGAGGAAAUAUGUACCAGAGGGGCCUAUAUUCUCUUCUACCAGAGGCGCAACAUCAUUCCUCCAUGGUCGGCCAGUAGUUCCUUCCAAGGCUCUACGAGUUCUUCUGUGUCAGACCACUGGUUGAUCCGACUGACUGGGGACAGCAAGAGAGGCAGUAUGGUGUCACGCUCCUCAACCACCUGCCCGUCCUCCAUCCCAGACUCUCCAGAGUCUCCUGUUUUCAUCGAAAAUGAUCCUAAAAAACAGAGAGGUGGAUUUGAGAGCAGACCUUUCGUGAGAGGACUUGAAGGCCGCAGCAUGAGCAUGAGGGCCCCCAGCAAGACCAAGGACACCCUGAGCAAAGUUCUCCCUUUGCGUUGGUCCUUGGGUUCCAGAGACCGGCGAAAGCCUGAUCCGGCGCCUCCGGCCGUUGAAGAUCCCCCCCCUGUUGAACUGGUUCAGUAUUUGGAAUCCGGCCGACGGCCUCGCUGCACGAAGGAACCCAUCGUGUCGUUAAUGAGCGAACCCCGUAGCGCAAGGGAACCAAAUGGACACCGAUCCUCGAGUGCGGGGCGGAUUGGUUGUGUGGGAAAGACCGAAGAGGUCUUGCAGCCUGAGUCCUUACAAGUCCCAGAAGGUCAGAGGAGGCCAUCAGAUAAAACUUCCAGCUUGAGGCGGAGUACAGAGAAGCAGUCAAAAGACGAAGGUUCUGUCCGUGUGAGCUGGAGUAGCAACAGUCUAAUCCGAAGAAAAGAAGCCAGGAGACAAGAAGAUACUGACAUGAAGCAAGGAUCAGGUUCUGGUGUUCAGAGCAGCUUUAGCACCUCCAGCAUUCUUCAAGGCACUUUGAGAAGACCCAAGGAGAACAGGACUGAUCAGGAUCGCAAUGUUGCAAGCGAAGGAGGUUGCAAGGCCAAGAGCCAGGACGGGCUGAUGUCUUUUCUUAAAGGGAACUUCCUACGGAGGGACAAGGAGUCCAGGAAUUCAGGGAGAGGAGGAGACGAGGAAGCCGGGAGAAGGACUCUGCCCAGGCAGACGUUGUCCAACGGAGCGGCAGGCGGGGAGCAGAGAAAGUCCCACGGCUCGAGUCAUCAAGGCGAAGAACUGUCCAACGGGAGGGCUGGACGGAGCUCGUCCGACAUCAAGCGCUCCCAGAGCUCGUCCAGCCUCCCCGCCCGGACCGAGCCGAGCACGCGUCGGACAGCGUCGCUGCAUCGGACCGGCGCAAAGAACGCGGACAAAACGCCUUACACCGCCCUGCAGAGGACUCUCUACAGCACCACCUCGUUGGGACGCAAAAAGCCAGUGCCAGAGUCCAGCUUCUGACUGGGACGCCACGCAAUAAAAGCACAACAAUUGCCAGAUUUGCAUUGUGGGUUGAAACGAAGAGCAGAACGACCUCUCCAUCCACUAAUGUGACUUGAAACAAGUGCCUGAGAAACUUCUAUGCAGUUUGGACCAACUACCUACCAAUGAUAAUAAUAAUAAUAAUCCACGUUUGUGUCUUAGUUUCUUUAUUGAGCUCCUUUGCUGCCAAUCCCGACACAUUGAUUGUGCCACUGCAGAGAAUGUCACUUUAUCUCCUCGCCUCCCGUGAGUCAUCCGCCUGCGUUUAAUUCUCACGGUGAAAUGAUCCACUUAUUCUUGCGUGGCCCCGGAUCACCUUGUUGUGUUUCCUGCAGAGUAAGUGAUGCACUCUGCACUACACACUCAAACUCAUCUAAGAAUGUAAGGAUGUUUGAGUCGCCUCAGCGUUUCUGGCGUGUUGCUUUGUUUGUUGCAUGAUUGCGUUUUUUUGGUACCGUGGAAUUUGUUUGUUUGAUUUCCACACCAAUUUUCUCCAUUGGCAAUAAUAAGGUAAAUAGAAAUAAUCAAUUUCAGGUUCAAACUGAACAGUCAAUGUUUUGUCGAUUCUUUCAGGAUUUUGCAGGCUUUUUUUAAGUGCUGUCAGAUGAUUCCUUUUUUUUAAAGGGGAACAUUAUCACAAUUUCAGAAGGGUUAAAACCAAUAAAAAUCAGUUCCCAGUGGCUUA